AUGCAGGCUCUCUUCGGCCAAGAUGAUGACGAGCUGCGGCGCGCGGCCGACGGCCUCUUGUGGCGUGCCGCGCUCGGGGGCGCCGCGGCGCUGGUCAUAGCGUUCGCCAUGUGCACGGCCUGCUUCCCGCUGCUGCUGGCCGCCCCCAUCGUAUACGUGAUCGGGGAGCUCGUCUUUGCGGCGCUCUACAUCCAAAAGUACCAGAUACUAUCCUCCUCGGCGGUUGCUGCCCCCCAGCGCCCCCUUGACUACUGCCCCCUCGAAUUCUUUGAAAAGGCGACAGAGCAUUUGAAGCAGUUUGAGGACGUGCGGGCGUUCCUUUCGCUCUGGUUCAGGGACGCCCCCUUCAGCGAGCUGCGGCGCGGCAACGUGGCCGAGCUGCUGGCCUACGCAUUCUUCUACAAGACGGUGGAUGACGUUGAGCGGGACGGGCAGGGGUGUGACCUGGAGGCCAUGGUGGCGCGGCUGGAGGAGAUCUGGCACCUCGAGAUCGAGGAGGGCUACAACCCGUCCCUCAAGUUCAUGGGGCACCUGUGGGAGCCCCUGACUCAUAUGUGGCGCCCCCUCGGCUUCUAUCUGUCCAUGGAAGCUGCCGCGCUGCUGCGCGACGCGUCCCUGCGCGCGAUGGGGUUCCGCCGCGGCGACUGCAUGGGGCUGACAUACUACUCGCGGCCGGGGACGGCAGCCGCCGCCGGCACUGGCGCCAACGCGGCGGGCGCGGCCGCGGGCGGGGCGGGGGCCGGCGAGGGAGGCGGCGCGGAGGCGCGGCAGCAGCAGGGGGAGGAGGAGCAGGGGCAGGAUGUUCCGCUGCUGCUGCUUCACGGCGUGGGGAUGGGGCUGCUGCCCUACAUCACAUUUCUCGCCAACCUCGCCGCCACAGGCCGCCCCGUGAUUGCUGUCGAGUUCAAGCACAUCGCAAUGAGGUGGUGCAACUGGAUCCCCUCGGUGGACGAGACCGCCAGGGUGGGCGUUUGA